AAAGCCCGUGAAAAGUUUCGAAGAAAUGUGAAUUCUGUCUUCCGGUAUCAUUAAUAGUUUAUCUCACCUGCUCCCUCCCUGCUUCGCUAGUGUGAGACCAGCAGCGCCAGCGCGGAACUUCACAGUGAGAAAGGUGGAGAGACUUAGCGCCGAAGAACGCCAUUAAAAACAGGUACCCAAGCAAGGAAUGAAAAUCAGAGAUUCAUCAGAUGGCACUGACGACUCGGCCUGUUCAAGAUUCCUUUAGAACUGACACUUCAGCUGCCUGUAGUGACUGAAUGAGAAGGAACAUCCACUGCAGUCCUUUUCUUUUUCUUUGACGUGGCAUUUCACAGAUUUCCAGCAUGUCACAGGGACUUGAGUUCAUUAACCUUGCCUUCCUUACGGACAAAGAGCACGAUCUGAUCCUAGAGGUUUUGCGUCGAGAUGAAGAGUUACGUAAAAAGGAGGAAAUGCGAAUUCGAAAGCUGAAGAUGGAACUACAAGAUAUCCGAAAGAAAGGUGCCAAACGUGGGAGCAGAAACUAUAGCCAGAAAGCCUGUGCCAGAUGUCAGAAUGCACUAGGGCGAUUCAGCUUUGGUGCAGGUCAGUGCCCAAGCUGCAGCCACCAAGUGUGCCAGAACUGUCGUGUGACAUUACCAAAAGGUUCCUGGAAAUGCACUGUUUGUGUGAAAGAGUUAGACCUGAAGAAAGCCACAGGUGACUGGUUUUUCGAUCAGCAAAUAAAUCGUUUCAUUAAUGCUUCUGGGUAUGAUCUUGUGCGGAAGUCUUUGAAAAGGAAACCUCAACCCAAUAAGAGGGAGACCACAACAGAAGUACAACUGCAGCAACAGGCACCAAACAAGCAGUCUGCUUCAUCUAGUCCUAGGCCCAAGCAUCGUGCACUCAAGACGAAGAAUGUACUAUUUGAGAACUCUGAGGGUGCAGAGCAACAGAAGAGUGACACAGAGUCUGCUGAGUCUCAUCAAUCCACACCGGUCUUCAAGAGGAGAGGUUCUCUGGGAGAUGCUGCUGUGCCUCAAAGCAUACCCAUGAAUUUGAGCCCAGAAGCUUUCACAAUGUCCACUACAACUUCAAAAUCUCAUCAGGCUGUAAAGUCAGAAGAUUCUCCUUCAAAGCAAAGAAGUGAAGCAGCAGCAGAUGACACAUUAUUUAUAAAAAAUCCAAAAACAAUUGCUUUGUCUGACUAUGCAAGACCCAAGUCGGUGAUUGAUUUACGUUCGGAAGUGCCACAGAUUGAAGAGAACACUAUGGGUGACCGAAGCAAAUCAAUGCCUGGCCUUGACAGGGAUUUGGAUGAAGAAGAAGAAGAUAUUGACAGUUUGGUUGAGAUUCACCGUAAAUCUGCAGUGAGGAGUAACAGUAUUCAUAGUAGAGCAUCAUCUGGUACACUUGGAAGCAUGAUGAGUAUUUAUAGUGAGGCUGGUGACUAUGGUAAUGUGGAAGUUACUGGAGAGAUUGUGUUUUCAAUGAGUUAUGAUACGAAUGCUCAGACACUCUGCAUCUUCAUAAAGGAAUGUCAUAACCUUGCUUAUGCAGAUGAAAUAAAAAAACGCUGCAAUCCAUAUGUCAAGGCCUAUCUGUUACCAGAAAAGUCCCGCCAAAGCAAGAAAAAAACUAUUGUCCGAAGCAAAACUGUUAACCCUGUUUACAAUGAAAAAAUUGUGUAUAAUAUUAGUCAAAGUCAGCUAAUAAUGAGAACCCUGCAGUUAUCGGUGUGGCACUAUGACCGUUUUGGUAGAAAUGUCUUCUUGGGAGAAGUGGAACUGUCGCUGGAUACUUGGAACUUUAAGGACACUGCAGAAGAAUGUCUGCCACUGCACUCAAAGGCUUCGUCCCAGUCUAGUGCCUAUUCACAUUACAAAGGAGAGCUGGUCAUUUCCCUGAAGUAUGUUCCUCAAAGCAAACUGCAGCCACAAAAAUCCAAAAGUAAGAAGGAUGAAGGAGGUGAGCUACACGUUUUAAUCAAAGAGGCCAGGGGUUUGACUGCAGUGAAGGCAGGAGAGACUUCUGAUAGUUUUGUUAAAGGGUAUCUCUUGCCCGACAGGUCCAAGAAAACUAAAAAAAAGAGUCCAGUGAUAAAGAAGACCCUGAACCCAUGUUAUGGCCACACUUUUGUGUACACUGGAGUGUCAUUUGAUGAGCUGAAGGACCUCUGUCUGGAGCUCACUGUGUGGGACCGAGAAGCAAUGUCUAGCAAUCAUUUCUUAGGCGGCAUCCGACUAGGAUUAGGCACAGGGAUGAACAAAGGACAGCCUGUCACCUGGAUGGACUCAAAGGGGGAGGAGGUCAGUCUGUGGAAGAAGAUGAUGCAGUUCCCAGACUCCUGGGCGGAGGGCACAUUGUUCCUGCGUUCUACAAUGGGACUUGUGAAAUGAGAAGUCUCCCCAGAUAUCACAGGCGAGGAGUUGUUCUCACUGAGGGUCAUUUGUGAUUAAGAUGUGGGUCGAGGUUUCCGAGUAUGUCAGCCAUAUGGAAAAGGACAAAUGUUUACAGAGUAUCACUCCUUUUAUAUCUGUCUGGGAUCUCUUGUACCAAUAAACCAAUAGGUCACCCUUUUAAUAAAACAAGUUUUUAAUUAAAUGUUUGCUUGAAAGGGAGAUUAUUCUGUUUUUAAAAUGUAGUGCUUGGUAUUUUUACAGGAAAUAUAUGUAUUGGGGAAUUAUUUAGAAAUACUGGCUAUGCAUUUUCACCGGGUGGAAAUAUUGUACAGGGUUAAGUUUCUGUCUAUAAUGCUGUUUCAUUCAAAAGCUGUGUCUGAUGGGCUUCAUGUAAAUUAUUCUUGUAAAAUGUACAAAUUUGGUUGCAAAAGCAUGUGCUUAUGUGUGAACUAGUUAUGUAUAUAUAUUCCAACUUUAGUUCACUAUACUGUAUAAUCUUUCUGCAUGUCACAUAAUAGUAUGUACUGCACUGUGUUCAGUGUAACCUAAUUAUGUUCAUAUUUAACAAUGAAAGCAAAUAUGUGAACUUUUAAGUACAACAAAUAUUCUUAUCACUAGAAAAAUAGAAUAGCUUUUUGUUUAUUCGGUUUUCAUGUACUUUAUUAUUUUUAGAUCUUUGUGCACAAAUCGGAGCAAAUAUAUACACAUUCCUUUUGUAAAACUCAUUCUGCACCAUACAAAAGCAACUUCAAUACAAGAACACUGUGCACAUUUUACUUUUUUGAGGGGUUUUAUAGUAAUUAUCAAAUAUAUAAGGGAGCCAAAAGCAUCAAUACACUAUUUACUAAUUCUGUCAUUAGUACUGUAUAUUGUUUGUUUGAUCAGAUUUUUUUAUUAUAUAAAACACUACCAAACAGAUACAGCUUAAAAAGACUUAGAGAAAUAAUUGUAUAUUAAAGUAACCUUUUAUCUUUUUAAAUAAGCUGUUUUUAAAUAAACAUAUUUUAAAGUUAAAAGACCUUUUUUCUGUACCAUAAAGUCAUAAUGAAUAAAACAUAACAACAUGUGAA